UCAGCCAGCAAAAUAAAAGCUUGAAUGAAAGAAUGUUGUGAGCUUGCGUUGGGGUACUUCGAUUUUUGAUGACAAUAAUAUUGUGAUAAACUGAAAGCAUUUUCAAAUUGUUCGUAUCAGAUGUCAUAGCUUGAAUUUUAAAAUGAGGAGCAGUAGUUCGGAACUGCUCCUAGAUCAGCAAGAGGAGCUUCGUAGACAAAAAAUUAAGGAACUAGCUGCUGCCAAAAAAAGUAAAAUACCAACUGGACGAUCAUGUCGAGAACAAGCUAUAUUUUAUUCCACGAGCGUGUUAGCUGUAAUGGCGAUGUCUGCUGGAUCAUCUUUGUUAUUUUUGGUACCUUUAUACGUAGAUCCAGCAAUAUCCACAUUGGCCUCCAACUUCGUAACUGAACCAGUGACUUGUGUGACUACUAGGAUAGAAGAACUGACCGGCCUUGCGAAUUGUUCGUGGAGUUCUUGUAGAGAAGGCUGUACAAGUGACGCCUAUCACUGUACGCACAUAUAUGUUAGUUAUAACAACAGUAAGGAAGAUCCACACAACCAAACUGACGAUGCAGUGUUAUUGGUGAACAUUAAGGGAUGCGGCUAUCCACCCAGUGUGCUCUGUUUGAACUUCACGGAAACGUACGGAGUGGAAGGUACUGAAUUUCCUUGCUACCAUUCCCGUCAGAACCGGACAGUUGUUCUUACGCAUUACGAAAGAGACGAGCAGAUUGCUAUUAUAAUCCAUUAUUUUGCGGUGCCCUUUAUAAUAACCUUAGCCACAUCAGUAGCGCUCUGCGUAAUGCACUGUGAUUGCCGAUGUCAUCCCACGACUCACCACAAACGACCCAGACGCCCAAGAAUCCAAGAUCUGAGUGAUGGCUCCAUUAAUAUUGGGGUGGACCUCCGACAUAAUACCAGCUAUCAUUCUGACUUAGCCGCUAUUAGGCCAACGUAAAGAAUGUAAUCGAAAGUAAAUAUAGAACAAAGAAAUUGUUUUAUAGUCAAAUUGGGUUUUCUCUAAAAACUUAUGCAGAUUAAACAUAUUGGAUAUUUCUUAUACUGAUUAGGACUAAUAUUCUUAGUCGUUUAAGUACUAAUUAGAUUUUCAUUUAGGUCUUUUGGCAUAUAUUUUAUUACUGAUUCUUUUUGACAGCGAUAGCACUAUGAACACAAACUUUUUUAUAUUUAUUUGUAGGUGAAAUAGACCGAAAGACGCUAUAUGAAAGAAACGGGAACAUUGUAAAAAAAAAUUAAAAUGGACACAAAAGUGAACAAUUUUCUCUUUAGAAAUGAAUAUCAACUAGAUACAAAGGUCUGUAUUCUCAAAAAACUUCAAAUUCAGUGUUCGGCCAAAGAAUUUUUAAAUAUAGACUCAAAAGUAGUACAUCAAGCUUUAACUCACAAUCGUUGAUGAAAAUUACGUUAAGUAUUACAUAGUGAAAUUAGAUCCAGAAUUGAGCAGGCCAGAUCCACACAACAAGGAUGUCCAAGGAAUUAUGUAACAGAUACCUAAAAUUGGCAUUACCGAUCCGCCUAUUUCGCUGCUACAUGUUCUGGGUCUUACUUUAUGGUUCUCUUGGACUAUCUAGAACUGUCUCAACACCUCUACUGAGAUUAUAAAAAGCACCAAGAAGAGAAAGCUGAAGUACUUCGGACAUGUACUGAAAGAUCACAAAUAUAGGUUGCUACAAAAUAUUCUGCAAACGAAAAUAGCAGACAAACGCAGUCCAGGACGAAGAAAGACUUCAUGGUUGAAGAACUUGCGAGUUUGGUAUGGUAUUGAGAUAACCAUGCUAUUUAGGCUGUCAGUGAAUAAAAUUGAUAUAGGUAGCUAUGAUGUCCAGAGCUGGACAUCAUAGCUAGGAGCGAUCUUAACAAAUGGCACAGAACAAUUCUAACCUGGAGACCAUACGAACACAAAAGACCCAGAGGCAGACCUCCUAUGAGAUGGACAGAUGAUCUGAAACGAACUGCCCGGAAAAAUUGGCUACAGGUAGAGUACAACAAAAAACAAUGGAAAGGAAGACUUGAAGAUGAUUAUUUAUUCAUUUAUUUACGGGUUUCCCCAAUUUCAUAAAAAAUAUACAUAUAUAAACAAUAAGUAGAAGUAAAAGUAGUAGUAGUAAAGUCCAGUAAAACAGUAAAAAACAAAAAAUAAAAUUAAAUGAAUUAAAUGAAAGUGUGACAGCAUAAAACUGUAGUAAGUACAUUACAAUAAAACUAAAUUUAACAUACACACAAUCCACGUUAUGCAGUGACAAUACGUAAUAAUAAUAUAAUAUAAACCGACAUUAAUCAACUAACUACAGACAAUAAAAAGUUAAUAAAUUACAUAAUACAAAAGCAUUGUCCAUGGCAAAAAUUAACAAAUCUACUGAAAAUAUAAUAUUAAACAUUAAACAUAAGUGCUGACCGGAAAAAUUGAUUUUAGUCGGUUUUUAAAUACUCUACUGGAAGAAGAGAAUAAAUCGAUGUCCAAAUCAUUCAGGCGACUCAAAGUUCUAUCUAUUGGUGAGUUAAGACCAUAGUUUGUUGAAUGAUGAGGUACAUGGAACAAGUUAUUAUUUCUCAGAUCAUGGUUUGGAAUAUUAAAGUUUAUUAAUUUUAAUAAAUCAGGGCAAUUGAUUUCACUAUUUAAUAGUUUAUAAAUAAAAGCUAGAUCAUUUAUAAUUCUACGAUCUUUUAAGGAGUGCAAAAUGAGAUCACUACGGAUGAUGGUAUAGUUGUGGUUUAGUUCAAUAACAUUAUAUCCCAAUCUGUACGCUGCAAAUCUUAAAAACUUAUUUUGAACUCUCUCGAGACAAACAACAUGAACGUUAUAAAAUGGUGACCAGACAAUAGAGGAGAAUUCAAAUAUAGAUAUAACCAAUGAUGAGUAAACAGACUUUAUUGUAUUAAGGGAAAGAUCAGCACAACUGCGAAGUAUAUAACCCAGUACUUUUGAAGCCUUUGUAUAGUUAAUAUGAUCCACAAACGUUAAGUUUUCAUCGAAUAUCACUCCUAAAUCCUUUACUGUUUUAACAUAAGAGAGCGCUUUACUGUCGAUGACAUAUGAUGAUUGAUAUUUUUUUGCAACUUUGUGGAAGCUAAUGAAAUGACAUUUAUUAACGUUUAAAAAGAGUCUGUUUUUGUUACACCACUCAACUAAAUUAUUGAGAUCGUUUUGAAGGAGACUACAAUAUUCAUGAUCUUUGAUAGAUCUGUACAUCUUCAAAUCAUCAGCAAAUAGCAAGUACUUAGAGUGAUUAAAACAUUCACCUAUAUCGUUAAUAAAUAGAUUGAACAGAAGGGGCGAGCAAUGAGCAACUUGUGGAAAUCCAGAUUUUAUUUGUAUUGCAUCUGACAUAAAUGAACCCAGUUUGACUUUUUGUAUGCGACCUAUUAAAUAGCUAGCAAAACCACUUUAAAAGCUGAUCGCUGAAACCAUAUGCCUUAAGUUUAUGCAACAGUAAGUAGUGGUCAAUCCUAUCAAAGACUUUUGAAAAGUCUGUGUAUGCACAAUCUACUUGACAUUUUCUUUCCAGAUCUCUGAUAAUAGAUGUUUCAUAAGAUAGUAAGUUUGUAGUUGUGGAUUUCUUGUGCAUAAAGCCAUGUUGAUAAUUAUUUAUUAUGUUCAGAUGUGGACGUGAAUGGCUAGACGAAGAAGAAGAAGAAGGUAGCUAUGAUGGUAAAAAACGUUCUGAAAGAACAUGGUACAUGAAGAAGAAGAUUACAUAGUUUAUCUUUAUUUUUCUAUGAAAAUUCAAUAUAUUGUUAUAUUACUUAAUUUCAAAUUUACUUUACAGUUAAACUUCAAAAUAUUAUGUUCCAUUUUCGAUCAUUUAUAGAUUUUCUAAAAUUACGUAAUGCUCCUCAGUACAGCUCUGUUGCACAUGUUCAUGACAUGUCAUAUUUUGCUUGGGAAUUUGAAUUUAAUUAAGACGAAGACGGGAGGAUACGUGUUUGUACGGUGUGAAGCGAAAUGACGUUCACACGUGGCGAACUCACAUACAAUAUUUUUGAUCCGGUGUUGGUUCCAACCGUGGACCGGCUUUGGCCUACUCUCUGUUGGAAAAUGAAAAGUUACCUUCAAAAAGUCAACGUUUUAAAGUGUUUCUUAAUGAUGGUCAUUUCGAAUAGGACUUGCCCACUUUAAACCAAUGUAUGCAUUUAGUUAUAAUAAACACAGAUAAUGUAAGUUCAACGGCGCAUCAUGUAAAUUUACAACUUUGAAAGACUGAGGGGUCGUCUUCGGUAAAAAUUAAUUAUUAGAAAAUUCACACUUUCUAUUCACACCCUAAAUUUAAUGUUCUUUAGUAGUCUUGAAUGUUCCAAGAGAGGUCUAAUGUUUGUUAUUGCUGUAUGUAUGAGAUAUUAUGGACAUUUUAAAUUUCAUUGGAUCUAGAAUAUCAAUUGUAAAAAGUUAAGUUAGCUUUUAUAUUAUUAGUCUUCCAAUACAAUACUCAAAUUUAAUUAUAAGAUUUGCAAAAGGAAAAGGCAGUUUUUCUUUUCGUAUAAGAUUUAUAUUUACUUUAUUUGGUAAUAUGUUUCUCCCAAAAUUGAUUUUUGGGAAUAUUUAGUAUAAUAUGCACAAAGGGUUUCUUUAAAGUUAAUGUAUCUACAUUAUACUGGUAUAUUUUAAUAAUUAGAUAAGCUUCGUAAUCGUUUAUUGAAAUCGAAAUACAAACUCAUAUUUUAACAGCUAAUAUUUUAAUGGUUGAUAUUGACCUUGACAGUUGACAUGACGUCUGUCUAAUAGGUAUGUUCGGUUUAGUAAUAGUUAAACAGGGUUAGCAUAGGCAAAAAAGCAAAAAGUAAACUGAGUCAACUGAUUCUUAUCUACCAUUUUCUCGAUAUUUUUUGUAUGAGAUUGAUCCAUCUGGUCGGUGUUCAUCCUCGAUCUUUUAAGAAAGACGUUAUAUUUUCACUUCAUUGAUAUUCGUUAUCAAGUUAGGUUUCUCAAAGUUAAUAUUUAAUCCAGCUUUUUCCGACAAAGUCAUAAAAUAUAUAUCUUAAUCUUUGUUGCAAAUAUUAACAACAAUUUGUGCUGUAAUGGCAAGUUUGAACUUUAUUUGAAAGAGUGUUUAAUUACUAUUAGAACAUUGCAACAUCAACUCGCCUAGAUAUUCUUCGACCACGUGUUUAUGCAUAUUACAAAAGUUUAGGUGUCCUUACGAUUCAAUUUCAGUCUGAAGAUCCUCAGAAUUGUCAACCUAUUCAACUUUGUAAGUUGUUAAUGCAUUGUAUUUCCCGUUUAAUUGUAAAUUUUUGUGAGAUCCCUUUAUUAUUUGAAGCAGUUUAUAACAUUGUACUCUAUCGAAUGUUUUGUUUAACCGAAGAAAGUAUGCACAAACAAGGUAGCUUACGUCUUAAGCUCUUUAUAUCAAAACUUAAGACGUAUAUAAAACAAUGCUUCUCACGUUUUAAGCCCGCUUCUAAAGCCAAACCCAACAUUUUUCUCAAUAUUUCUACAUAUAAGAGAUUGAGAAUAAAUCUAAGAAGUAUUUUAAGAAGAUUACUUUUUUGAAAUCAGAAAAAUAGUCUGAUACUAAUUCAAUUAUCUCAAUGAAAAAUGAUGUAAAAUCUGCAUUUUCUCGCGUGCCCAAUAAUAUUUAUAGUUUUCUUCUUCUGCCCUGAUGAAAACUCAAAUAAAGACCGCAAAUGAGUCAAUGAUGGUUUUUGUACAUAUCAAUAUUUAUUUUAUAGAUAAUUUAUUUAAUGAACUUAUUACUUGUGCAGUUUUUGUUAUAAAAUUAAAGGUUCUUUACAAGUAUAUAUACAUUGAUGUCAUUAGUUUUUGGAGAAUAACCCAAUAACUAAAUGUAUAUUAUUUUAUAAAUGUAUAUCUAUAUUUCUUGUUUAAAACAUGAGUUAUUGAGUCGUUGACGAUAUAGUUUAUUUGAUAAUGUAUCUAAAAGUUUAUUAUGUUAUAAAUUUUUGUUAAAAACUAUAUUAAAGUAUAAUAAAUUGAAGUUAAUAGAUUUGAACAUAUUUUAUAAUAUUUUUGCUAUAAUAUUUUGGGAUUUUGAACUUCAUCAUGUUCAUUCUAAAUUUAAGUAGGAUUUUAUUAAGAAAGCACCUUUUCAUUUCUAGAAAUAACUCUAAAUAAAGAAGGUAAAGAUUAGACGAGCAGGAAUACAUUUAAUAAGGUUCUUCUUCUUCUUAACUCAGGCGAGACUCGUUAGUCUCUAGUCUCUGGCACUUGGUUAUAACACCUUUCAUACCAUACCUUGUUUUCCCCCUUAAACUCUAUAUGUUUUGUGACCUGAACGAAGGUCAACAGCUUUCUUAUUGGUAGUUUUAGGAUCUCUUCUGGUUCAAACCUCAUUUGACCAGUGAAGUCCUACCUUACAUCACCUAGCACACUGCAAUGGCAUAGUAUGUGUAUGGCAGUCUCUUCUUCCAUUUCGCACUUUCUGCACCAUGGUUCAUUCACCUUACCUAGUUUGUAUAUGUAAUUUCUUAAACGGCAAUAUUCAGUGACCAUUUCAGUGACCGUUUUGAUAUCUCGUUUCUCGAGGUUCAUCAAAGUGUUCGGGAGUUUUUUAUCAAUAUUCUUGAUUAUUUUUUUAGUCUGGAUUUUGUCCUUGGGUGGCUCUCCAUUCUCUUGAUUAUUAUUUAUCAGCCAUUUCUGAACCUCGUUUUUCGUAUCAUCUUUAGUGAUGCCACAGAAAGUUUCUGGGCCUUCAAAAGUUUCUCUCGAGCCUUGUUUCACUAACAUAUCUGCUCGAUUGUUCCCAUGCACCCCUUCAUGACCCGGCAACCAUAUUAAAGACACUUUAUUGUCUUUUGCCAGGUUGUUGCGGAGAUCUUUGCAGUUUCUCACCAGUUUUGAUUUGGUUAGUGGGAUUUAACAAGAUUAUGACACAGACCAAAUUUAUUGUGUGUAUAUUUGAGGGUAAUUAGGGUAAUGUGUUUGAUCGAUUCAAUACUGUGCAUUUUUAAUCUAUUUUUUUUUCUAUUACUUUCUGACUCUUUCUUUUUAUUCUUCUUCUUAGUUCAGAUAAGACUCGUUAGCCUCUAACACUUGGUCUUAUGGCACCUUUGUACCACAGCUUGCUCUUUUCAUUGAACUCUCAUAAGUCUUGUGGCCUUAACGAAGGUCAACAUCUUCCCUAUUGGGAGUUCUGGAUCUCUUCUGAUUUAAUCCUCAGUUAACCAGUGAAUUCCUGACUCAUAUCACUUAGGAUAUUGCAAUGGUAUACGAUAUAUAUGGCAGUAUCUUCUUCCAUUUCUCAUUGUCUGCACCAUGGUUCAUUCAGCUUACCUAGUGUAUAUUAGGUAUUUUGUUAAAGGAUAAUGUCCAGUUACCAUUUCGGUGACCGUUUUGAUCUCUCGUUUAGUGAGGUUUAUCAAGUUGUCCGAGAGUUGUUUAUCAAUAUUAUUGAUUAUUUUCUUAGCCCGAAUUUGCUCCAUUCUUGUUGAGGAUUCCUUAUCAGCCACUACUGAACCUCGAUUUCUGUAGUGAUGCCCCAGAAUAGUUCUAGGCCUACAAAUUUUUCUCCCAAUCCUUAUUUUGCAAAUAAAUCUGCAUGUUCAUUCCCACAUACCCCUUCAUGAUCCGCCACCCGCAUUAAAGCCACUUUAUUAUCUUUUGCCAGGUUGUUGAGAUCUUUGCAGUUCCUCACCAGUUUUGAUUUGGUAAGUGGGUUUUUUACUGCCAGAAUAGCAGCUUGCUAUCUGUAUAAAUGUUGAUUCUCUUUCCUUUUGGACUUCCAUCCAUGAUUUUAUCAAUGCAGGCCACCAGGACAAAAACUUCAGGCUAGAACACAGUUGAUACAUAUUGACCUAGACUGUAAUAUUUAUUAUAAUUGCAUGUAUGCUCAGACUCUUGAUUCAGUACCAUGGGCAGUUUUAGAUCCAUCAGGGAAACAUAUUAAGUCGCCAUUAAUAUUUGGGACUUUUUGUUCUUUAGAUGGUAUAAUUAUGUUAAGAUUCUCAGUGAAUAUUAGUUGAUGGAUUCCUCAAGUACAGUUCCACUAGUAUUUCUGUGGCUAUUCGAUGCAUAAUUCGGCUUCCAAUUGUUACAAAAAUUUGCGAAAAAUGAAAAGAUGGUUUUCAGAUCUGGAUAUAGGUUUAAAUUCCCAAAAUGUGUGUGCGAUAAACUCCGAAAACUAUACAGGGUGUUCUAUUUAGUUUACUUUUUAGCAGGUUCUGAACCGUCUUGACAUUUAUAUUAACAAGAAAUUUAAAAUAAUAAGAAUUUUAGUACACAUUAAAAAAUUUUGUUAUCUAAAUGUUGAUGUAGUCAUCAAAAUGUCAGCUUGUUCAGAAAUAUGUUAAAAUGUGAAAAGCAAAAUUAACAUACUUGUUAUUUAUGUAUAUUACUAGUUAACAUAAUGUAUAUUUUGGUAAACAGGUAGAUCGCAAGAAACUGAAAAGGUAUAUUUUUAAAUUUAUCUAAAUAUUUAAAGAAAAUAUCUAUUUUUACUGUAGUUUACAAGUAACAGAAUGAUUUUAUGUACCUACUCUUUUUUUAUUUUUUCAUUUCUUUGAACAUGCGUACCUAGAUCUGAGUAUGUUUCAUCAUAAUUUUAAAAUAUGUAUAUGUUAUCUAUUUAACAAUUGCUAUAUACGUUUAUAUAAAGCCUAUCGAAUGGAUGGCACACAUACUGCAAAGAUCAUCUAUCGACUUAAGAAAAAUAAUUUUACACUGAAUUCAGUUUUCUCAAGAACCAACAGACAGACAAAGAACCAAAUAAAUUAAGCAACAACAAUUAUAAGACCAACUAACCGGAAGGCCAAAUUAAGUAAUAGAAUGUAGCAGAACGCAGAACCAAUAAAAGGACAGAAUAUGGCAUCAUUAUGGCAACAUAAAAUACGAAACUUGUAAAGGAGAAAACAAUAUAAAAUUUUUGACAUAAACCGCGAAAAUUAAGAAAAUCGCAUAUAUUAUGUAUGUUUACUUAUAUUACUUUUUUAUUUAUCAUUCCUUUUAGUGUUAAUAAAAAAUAUAGUACCUAAUCAUGAUGAAAAUAUAUGAUAUCUCUCAUAAAAUUAGGUAAACUACGACGGACAAGACUUCUAUCACUAUCAUAACAACUUUCUCAAAUGAAUUAUUAUAUUACCAGUGAGGAACUAGAUGUCCAGAAUUUAGAUGAAAGACGCUCUAAGAGAAAUGAAAGAAUAAUUAAAUAAGUAAUUAGAACUAAAAUCGUAUGAGAUAUGAGGUGGUAAACGCUUGCACAAAGAAAGUAAUACCAAUGGAAAAAAACUAAUAGAAUUUUCAGUGGAACAUAGUCUUAAGAUGGCAAUUAACACAAUUUGAUCAUAAAGCUGUAAAUAAAAUAACCUGGAUCUAUCCUGAUAGGAAAAUGAGAAACCAAAUAGACUAUGUUUUUAUUGAAUUUCAGGCUAUUGGGUAUUUGUUGUCACAGAUUUCUAAAUUAAAACACAAUAGAUCAUUGACUGAUUGUAGAAGCUACAGAGGAACAGAUGCCUAUAGUGACCAUAUUAUUGGCAAUAGUUAAACAUAAGCAAGAAAUUCCCAAACAGCCAACAGAUAGAAAACAACGGAAAACAUACCAAGUAGAGCAGCUUCAAGAUAAAGAGGUAGCAAAAAGAAUAGUUGAAGAAGUAAACAUAAAUAUAAUAAUUAGGAAGAAUCACGAGGAAUUUAGAGGAGUAAUGUGAACUAAUAAGUACAAACAGCCAUGAUACAAACAAACAGACUAUAGCAGACUAUAGGCAGACUAUAGCAUUGGGAAAGCAAAAAAGAAAAGAGAUCAUACUGGUUUGAUGAGGACUGUAAAAUAAUCCUAGCGCAGAGGAACAACGCAAAAAUGGAAAAUAUUGGAAUAAAUACAAAAUAAGUAGAGAGGCAAAAGAAGAGAAAAUUCCCAGAAAAACAACUAGAAAUAAUAGAAGACAACUAUGUCCAAAAAAAAGUUACAAAGGAAGGAAAAAGAAGCGAGUGACACAAUAUAAAAGCACAAUGUUUUACAGACAUAAAGAUGGCAUGUUGCUAGGAGACAAGACAAAAAAAUUUAACAGAUGGGCAGAGUAGUUUGAUGAAUUUGGCCUUUGACGAUAAAGGCAGAACAACAACAAACACAAGAACCGACGAGAAGGAGAUAAUAGAAGUAAUAAGGGACCUAAAAAAUAAUAAAAGUGCAGGAGAAAGCGGAGUGCCAGCAGACAUAUUAAAAGUAGGAGGAGAUAUACUGCAGCAAGAGAUAGCUCGACUAUUUAGACGCUAAUGACUACUGAGAGAGAAUAAAAAUUUGAGAAGGUAACAUGAUUUAAGUACCUUGGAGUAAUAGUUACAAAUAGAGGUGACUACGAGACAGACAUAGAUAAACGGUUGUUAAAAGGUAGCAAAGCAGUAGGUUCAUUAAACGCACUGUUGAAGGAAUAAAACGUGUCCAGGGCAGCCUUACUUAUGAAACAAUAAUGAGACCAAUGGUGCCGUAACCAUGUGAAACUUUGACAAUGAAUCAGAAAUGAGAAAAAAAGUUAGAGAUUUAGUAGAGGAAAAUUGUGAGUAAUGGUUUUGGUAUUAUAAAGAAUGCAACCGCGAAAUGGAACAAAAAACACACCACGAGCUAACGGAGAUGUAUAAGAAACUCAAAAUAAUACAGAAAAUCAGGGGCAUAUAGUGUUAAAUGAUUGGAACAUGUUUUACGAAUGCUAAAAGAAAGGAAGAAAUGUCCUAAUAGUUCUGCAAGCAGGAGAACAAGGGAAGAAAAGAAGCUGGAGACCACGAAGGAAGUGUAAAAUAUAAAACAGAAAACGAGUCGACAACAGAAAGGAUAUCCUUAUUGGAAAUAAUACCUAAUGUUUCUCAGUUUGUUUCCUACAUGAAUUUUCCUUUUUAUAUUUACCAUUGUUGUUAUAAUAUUAUUUUAACCUAUUUUUGUUUACUGACACAUCUGGUAAUUGCAUAUCUUGAUUAGAUUUUUUCCUAAUUAUGUCAUCGGAUAUUUUUCCUAUUUUCCUAGGAUACUUUUGAUUUAAAAUGUCAUUUUAUAUGAAAACUAGUUCAUAACAAGAUACCUGAAUCAGUGCAUCGCGAUCUGUCGAGUUGUGCUAUGGUCUCCCAUAUCUCUAACUAUACAACACAUAAAGUUCAUUAGUAAUAAGAUAAAAAAGGUACUCAGUAACAUAAAUACAUACAGUGAUGAGUGCCCUAAGAUCCUGCAAAAUAACGCAAAAGAUGGAAAACACAUUAAGUUGUGAGAUAGUACGACAUAAAGCUAGUUUUUAUACGUGGCUACUGGCUAGUUGUAGUUGACUUCAGUCAUGGAUGACGUCGAAAAACAUUAUAUUUUAAUUUCCUAUGUUAGAAAAAGUGAUUGAAUAAAUUAAGAUAGAUGUUAGUAAAAAACAUUAAUUAGUAGCCAUUUAAAUUAUAAAUCAAAUUAAUAAUAAAAAUAGUCCAACUAAAAUAUUUUGCUAAACGUCAUAGUAAACUUCAUACGUAUAAUAAUUAUGACUGAAGUCAACUAUCUGUUAAGCUAACGUCUAAAGGUGGGAAACCAUCAUUUAAUAUAAUGUAAAUUUAUAGGUUUCUAACGAUAAUUUAACACCUCUACUAGUUUAAUCUCUUUUCAUUCCACAAUGUAUUAUGUUUUCCAUCUUUUACGUUAUUUUACCGGUUAUUAGCGCACUCAUCAGUUUAUAUUUCAAUGCAUUGAUAAAUAAUCGAAAAAUGUUAUCACUUGUUCAAUUGACCACUGCAUAAUGAUUAGAGCUAAUUUUUUCUAAAUUGCAUGGAACACAAAAUUAAUAUUCUGGCAGAAUUAGAGUGUGUUUGAAUCAGCACAUAAUUUUUUUAAUAUUCUACUUAGGCACAACUCAAGAUGAAUAUGUACUGAGUACAGAAUUGUGUUCAACAAUUUGUUUUCUCGGGUUCAAUCAUAACAAACAAGAGAAGUUAAGAGAUUCUAGAUAUUUUUAUGUAAUAUUCAUAGAUGAAACCAGACACAUUUUUAUUACUGUACAAUUUUGUAAAAUUUUACGCUUUUGAAAGAAGAAAGGUUUUAAGAUUUGUUAUGUACUAUAUUUUUGUUACCACUUGACGGGGCAUUUUGCAGCAGCAGAUCUUUCCAUACCACAGAUCUAGUGUAUAUUUUACUGUCACCAGAACAUAAGUUCAUGCAGCAAAAUCGAAAGAGCAAGAAAACCAUGACCAUUUUGUUCAAUCUAUGUGGUUGCCAACGUGGUGAAAUCUGGUAGAGGUAGAGAACUAAGAUUUCAAGUAUUCUUGAGUCAUAUGCUGGUUUUAAGGCAAUUUUAGCUCUUACCUCUUGGUGCACCCGAUGAGCCUGCAACGAAUUCUGCAAUUCUUCGGUCACGUGAGAGAGAUCAAGAGGACGAUCACCAAAUAGAUGGUCCGACCAAAUUAAGAAUUCAGCUGGAAACUCAUUCUGCGAAGCUCUUAGAGCAGCUGAAGAUAGAGACCAAUGGAAUAAAAUUGUUAGGAAUAUUGGAAGAAAUCAUUUUUCUCAGUAUUAGGGAAACGACGAGAGAGAUACUAGAGGCUAGCUUAGGGCUGUGGUAUAUCCCAAAAGCAUGGAGGCUCUUAACGGUAGCUUUUAUACCCAAACCUGGUAAAACCGCACAGGAAAAGUCCUGAAGCUAAUAAGUCUGAUGGUAUUUGACUAAAGCCUUUAGAAAAACUGCUUAAUAGGCACAUUAGAGAUGGUGUGUUGGUUUAAAGAUCCAUACUUGCUGAGGGACGUGAUAUGUGCAAAGUUACAAAGGGUAUAGGUAGCCAAAGGUUUUCCGAAGAGGGAGUCUUAUCUCCUGUCUUAUGGAAUCUGGUUAUAAAUUGGCUGAUGACUAGACUUGGUACUGACAGAUAUCAUAUUCUGAGCUAUGAGGAUGGUCAGAUCAUUUUUCCAUGGCAAAUUUAAUGGCACAUUCAGAGAUAGACUGCAACAGGCUCUGAGUGCAGUUACAGAAUGGACUUCAAAUGUAUGCAAAAUAACCCUCAGAUGUCAAAAAUCGUAAAAUUUACCACAAGGAAUAAUUUAAAGGUGUUAAGUCCUCUAAACCCAAAUGGCUCAAAUAUAAAUCUGGUGAAGUAAAGUACCCUAGGGUAAUAUUAGACUCAAGGCUUACUUGGAAUCAGCAGAUAGAAGGAAUAACCAAGAGAGCGGUGACUACGUUAAUGGUAGCUAGACUCAGUCAUGGAAAAAUAUGGGUUUAAAACCAAACAAGGUUAUAUUGGAUUUAUGACAUGGUAGCAAAAAUAACAAUUACAUAUUGCAUCAGUGGUACAGUGGCCAAAAGGUGCAGUCAAAAAUUUCUAUCUUGAAACUAAGAAUGAUGCAAAAACUUGCUUGCCUUGGAAUCACAUUAACUUUAAGAACUCUGAACAGCAGGUAUGGAGACUGGACAUACUUCCUUUGUAUAUCGUUCUGAGGGGAAGGCGAGAAUGGGAUAUUAUAGACUGCAGAAUACCUGUGUAACAGUAUGGAUGGUGACUUCUAACCAUUUAGUAUUCACAUACAGGCCUAAAGUACUUUUCCAACUGGAGAUGGAGCCAAUGAGAGGGACGGGGAAGAGGAAACUACACAGCUUGCAUGAUUAUACCUGGUUCACAGGCGGAUCUGUAACUGCAGAAGGGUUUGGUGUAGAAGUAUUGUACACAGCUAGUAAAGUGGCCAUUGGACUCUAAGGUGGACUAUACGCUAGUGUGGGAUUGCCGAGAAUAGCUCAAAAGACUGGUCAUAGGAAACAUAACAGUAUUACACUGGUGUGUAUGUUCCAGGUCACCGGAAAAUACACAUCAUUGACAGAAAUUACCAGAAGAGGAUUAGCUACAAAAUAUUUCGAUCCAGAACCGAAAGAACGGAGUGGCAAAAAGCGUCUUUCUUCUAUCGGAAAAAACCUGGAUCCAAAGACAACAUAACUCUAACGGGAAAAGUAUACUCGUUCAAGCACAUGGCAACAUGUAGGUAUAUUGGAUUGAUAUGCGAUUAUAGGUGCAUCAUCUGAGAGCCUUAACACACUUCUUUACUGUAGAUGCGUCAGUCAAGGGACACUUGCAUACAAAAGGACUGUUUCAUUGACACUUAAGCUGCAAAUAUUUUGCUUCGAUGCAAGCCAUUAGAUUAGAGACAGCAAACACUUUUUGGAAACUAACACCAAGUGACUCAAAAAACAUAUGGUGGUCAUUCACUAGAUUUGUAUAACCUGGUCCAGGAUUCGAGAAUUCUGGAAUGGCAUGAAGGAAUGAAAGAUGUUCAAUGAAUUAAUUGGCUACAGUAUGACCGGUUUGUGACAGACAGCUUCAAAAAAGUCUGUCUGAAUAAGAAACACACAACUCUCAAAUGUCAAACACAAAAACUCCUAGUAGAUACGCCACUGGAUGAAAACCUAGUUUCUGUUUGUCUCGCCUGUCGGUGAAGUCCAUUAAUGGUAAAUUGCUUGUGCUGCAUUUAUCUGAUAUAUCCUGUGGGUUGUAAAAAUAGUUAAGUAUUGCGUGGGGCCGAAGGUUUCUGUCUCUGCAUUUCUACUGAAGAAUCACUAAAAGUUUGGAUGUCAUGUCAGCGUUGUUUUUGUCCUACCUAUAAAUUUCAACGAAGAGGCCUACAUCAGAUAAUAUUUUUUGAUAAAAUGGUUUUUCCUGCCUUUACCUUAAAAUCAGUUGGAUCAAGUGUGGAAGAUAGAGAGGCUGCUGACUGCUCUAAAUCUAUUCAGUCAAGUUGAAUUGUUCAUCACGAUUCAUUAACUCUUAAAGCCGUUAAUAUUUUCGUAGUUACUAGACAAUGUUAGUGUUUAAAUUAGAUCAGUUAUAUAUUGUACAAUUCCAAUAAAUUGUAUUUUUGUAAA